UAACAGGUCGCCUACGUUCUUGACGCAGGAGCCAUAUCAGCACAGUCACUUCCGGAUGGCGGCGUGAGGAAGUCUUAGUGUAGUGUUUAAGUACACUUGGAAUAGGAUUAUGGCUUUCCUUUUGGAUUCUGUCAUUAUGUUCACUUCGCAGGUGUUAUUCUUUGGGUGCGGAUGGCUUUUCUUCAUGCGUCGCCUGUUUAAGGAUUAUGAGGUCAGACAGUAUAUAGUACAGGUCGUCUUCUCUGUGACCUUCGCCUUCUCUUGUACUAUGUUUGAACUUAUUAUCUUUGAGAUACUUGGAGUCCUAAAUAGCAGCUCACGCUACUUUCACUGGAAACUAAACCUGUGUGUCAUAUUAUUGGUCCUUGUGUUCGUGGUGCCUUUUUACAUUGGUUACUUUGUGGUCAGCAACAUCAGACUCUUACAGAGACAGAAGGUGGUCUUCUCCUGUAUCGUGUGGCUGACAUUCAUGUAUUUCUUCUGGAAACUGGGAGACCCUUUUCCAAUCCUGAGCCCAAAGCAUGGGAUCCUGUCGAUAGAACAGUUGAUCAGCCGCGUUGGAGUCAUAGGGGUUACUCUUAUGGCCUUGCUCUCUGGAUUUGGUGCUGUUAAUUGUCCUUACACCUACAUGUCUUACUUUCUCAGGAAUGUUACUGACAGUCAUAUCCAGGCACUGGAGCGAAGGUUGUCGCAGACGAUGGACAUGAUAGUUAGCAAGAAGAAAAGGAUGGCUAUGACCAGAAGGAUGAUGUACCAACGAGGAGAAGUUCAGAACCAACCCACUGGGUUUUGGCGAAUGAUUAAAAGUGUCACAACAUCCAGCACAAGCAGUGAAAAUCUGUCAUUAAUCCAGCAAGAAGUGGAUGCAUUGGAGGAGCUCAGUCGACAGCUAUUCCUGGAAACUGUAGAUCUUCAUGACACAAAGGAGAGAAUUGAAUAUUCAAAAACGUUCCAGGGAAAAUACUUCAAUUUUCUGGGCUAUUUCUUCUCCAUCUACUGUGUCUGGAAGAUCUUCAUGGCUACAAUCAACAUAGUGUUUGAUCGUGUUGGCAAGACGGAUCCGGUCACAAGAGGAAUUGAGAUCACUGUCAACUAUUUGGGAAUACAAUUUGAUGUGAAGUUUUGGUCGCAGCACAUCUCGUUCAUCCUCGUUGGUAUCAUUAUUGUUACUUCUAUCCGCGGACUGCUGAUCACUCUCACCAAGUUUUUCUAUGCGAUUUCAAGCAUUAAAUCCUCGAAUGUAAUCGUGUUGGUUCUGGCACAGAUAAUGGGGAUGUAUUUUGUGUCCUCGGUGCUGCUGAUGCGAAUGAGCAUGCCUUUGGAAUACCGAACCAUCAUCACAGAGGUUCUUGGAGAGCUCCAGUUCAAUUUCUAUCACCGCUGGUUUGAUGUCAUUUUUCUGGUCAGUGCAUUGUCAAGCAUCUUAUUCCUGUAUCUGGCCCACAAACAAGCUCCAGAGAAGCACAUGGGAUUGUAGCUAAGCCCCUGUGAUGUUACAGUGGACAAUCGACAAGGCAAGUGAUGGGAAGUGCGCUAAGCACUAAGUUGCAGAGAACCAUGGCUUCCCUUGCUGCAGGCCAAAGAUGAAACACAUCACUAGUGACCUUUAUCUCUAAAUGUCCGACUAACUGUAUAGAGAAGAGACGUAUAUCACUUUGCCUUGUCUUGAUGUACUUGGAAGUAACUAUUUGUUAAUGCUGGAUUGUGACUGGAUGAUUUCUUAUACUGGUUUGGGGGACUGACUUGAAGAUUAUGCACUGGUCACACUGGUCGCCAUGCUCUUUAUAGCAACUGCAUUAAUGAAGCAGGUUAAAUGGAAGUAAUCUGAUGGUUAAUAACACCAGGAACUGCUACAACCAUAAAAUCAGUAGCUCACGUUACCAGUUAAUGGAAAGAUGUGCGAUUAUCACUUAUGCCGAUUGCCUCCUAUCCAAGUUGGGCCAGCACCAGUGUUGUAUUUAUUUUAAGGAGUGUAUUUUAUUUUGUUUUCGUCCUUAAUUUCCUGUAUAGGGCUCAUGUCUUUGAAGAUUGUUUAUUGUGAAUAUCCCAGACUGGAGAGUGAUCGGAGUUGGUUAUCGUUUAAUUAUGGUUAUUUCUCAAGCAUCCUAGUAAUUCUCAGGUUUGAGUUUAUUAGAAUGGCCUAUUUGACUUGGACUGCCACCUUUUCAGAAGUCGAAAAUGGGACAUUUCUUAAUGAACCCUAACAUUUUGCAGGAUAAAGCAUGAAUUCAACCAUUACAAAAGACGUUUUCACUCUGUUAACAAAAUAAUGCCUCACUUAUGUGAAAUUUUAGUUUUGUUAUUGUUAAGUCAUAUUAUGCUGUUUCCAGUAUAGUAUAAAACUUCCCUGCAGCAUUUAAAGAAAUGUUAAAUAAUGUAUUUCUCCUAAAUUAUCAGGGCAUUUGCUGCUUUUUAUGCUUUUUGUUUAGGACGCACGUGCCCAAAUUAGGACUGUACCUCAGAAAGGAGGGAUAGGUGGUAACCAACAUUUGACAUAUAUUUUCAGUACAACAA